AUCGCUUGCUAUUAUCAGGAAGCUCUAAAAAGCAAUAAUUUCCUAUUUACAAGUGGAGCAGGCAGGACUAAAAAACUGACAACAGUGAAAUUGUGAUUGCUAUCUAGGCAUUUUUAUUUAUGUUUAUUACUUUAUAGUUUAUUUGAAAGGUAUUCACGGGUACUGCCACCAAUAAUAAUAUGGAUGGUGCAGACACAGUAACUGGGGGAAAUCAAGAGUCAAGAGAAAUUGAUGUGGAGUCAACGUGGAGUUCAAAGAUAUGUGAUUACUGCAGAAGGAAACUGCGUAGACUUUUACCAGCGAAUUAUAAAGAAGAGAUUGUAGAGCUGUUGAAACUGACUGGACCUGUGUUAAUAUCUCAGCUGAUGAUCUUUCUGAUCAGUUUCGUAAGUACUGUGUUCUGUGGACACUUGGGAAAAACUGAACUGGAUGCUGUUGCUCUUGCCACUGCUGUUAUUAAUGUGACCGGGAUCUCUAUUGGUUGUGGUUUGGCAUCUGCAUGUGAUACACUAAUCUCGCAGACGUUUGGCAGUAAUAAUCUGAAGCGGGUUGGUGUUAUACUACAGAGAGGGAUUCUCAUCCUCCUGUUGGCCUGUUUUCCCUGCUGGGCUUUGUUCAUAAAUACAGAGCCAAUACUGCUGGCUGUCAAACAAAGUCCAAGAGUGGCCAGUCUGUCACAACGCUAUGUAAAUAUAUUCAUACCUGCUCUGCCUGCCUCGUUUAUGUAUCAGUUGCAGGGAAUGUAUCUUCAGAAUCAGGGUAUUAUUUGGCCUCAGGUGAUCACAGGAGCAGUUGGGAAUGUCAUCAACGCUCUCAUAAACUACAUCUUCCUUUAUCAGCUUGAUCUUGGUGUAACAGGAUCAGCUGCAGCAAACACAAUAUCACAGUAUUCAUUAGCUGUGUUUCUACACAUCUACAUCCGCUGGAGAGGUCUGCAUAAAGCCACGUGGGACGGUUGGUCUCGUGAUUGUCUACAGGAAUGGGGGGCUUUUCUUUGCCUGGCCCUUCCCAGCAUGCUCAUGAUGUGUGUAAAGUGGUGGACCUAUGAGAUUGGUGGAUUUCUGGCAGGACUUAUCAGUGAGGCUGAGCUGGGAGCCCAGUCUAUUGUCUAUGAAUUGGCCAGCAUCACAUACAUGUUUCCUUCGGGGUUUGCAGUGGCCGCCAAUGUGAGAGUUGGAAAUGCACUCGGAGCUGGAAACACAGAUCGAGCCAAACUUUCAGCAAAACUUUCUUUAGUCUGUGGAUUUCUUGUUUCCUGUGUGAUUGCGGCUGUUAUUGGAGCUACCAGUAAUAUUGUAGGAUACAUCUUUAGCACAGAAAGGGACAUUGUGCUCAGAGUUUCACAGGUCAUGGUUAUGUAUGGCUUUGUUCAUCUAUUCGAUUCCAUUUCGGCUAUAACAGGUGGAAUUGUCAAAGGUACUGGAAAGCAACUGAUUGGUGCUCUGUGUAACAUUGCUGGAUAUUAUUUGGUUGGACUACCAAUAGGAGUCUCACUUAUGUUUGGUGUCAACAUGGGAAUUAUUGGUCUGUGGGUUGGGCUUUUUGUAUCCGUUUUCCUGCAAUCUUUAUUUUUUAUCAUCCUCAUUUGGAAAAUGGACUGGAAGAAAGCAACUCAAGAGGCUUUGGUCAGAGCAGGUGUACAUGAUCCUAAAAUCAAAAAUGAAUGUUACGCGAUGAAAAGCAGGGGCUUCACAGAAGAAGUAUCACAGGUGCCACAGCCCACUGAAGAACAUGAAGCAGAUAUAAACACAGAUCUGGAAGCUGUUAGUAAAGAAGGAGGACUAGAGGUUGUUGCAUUGGUCACAGUUGGAGAGGUCUUAACCACAAAACAGCUGGUGGUCCGUCGAGGACUUUCUGUUUUCUUUAUGCUACUUGCACUCAUAGGAGGGAUUGUGUUGAAUAAGGUCUUGACUACAUAAAUGAUGCUUUUUAAAUUAUGCAAUUUUAAAUAAACCUAAUUUUUAAAUAAACCCAAUUUGAAAUAAACCCAUUUACUUGGUUCGUGUGAUACUGCGGCGAGGGAUUCUCAUCCUCCUGUUGGCCUUCUGUUCAUAAACACAGAGUUCUUGCUACUGGCGGUCAAACAGAGUCCAAGAGUGCCCAAACAUCUCGCUUUAUCAUUAAGUUUAGUAAUUGGGCAGGCUUUCAGAAAAGGGCAUUUGAUUACAAAAAAAGCCUUGCCAAAGGGGCACUUUGGUCACACAGGGGUGAAGGGGCAUGUGUUCAGGCACCCUCCACCCCCCUCCCUGCACGUGCCUGCUUAUUACUGUUACUGUUACUCAUAACAAUUUAAAUACAAUUUGCCACCUUCAUGGACAUCAGGGAUUAUGACAACUGCAUGUUUAUUAAAAUGCUUUUCGACCCUCAUAAACAGAGUCGUUCGUAAAUGCUGCAGACCCUGUGUUUGAGAACUCAUGGGUUGCGCUGCAGUAGUCAAACGUAAACAGAAUCUUAACGGCAUUGUCGUGACAGUGCAUCAUUUAAAAAGUUAUUUUAUUUUGUUAAAUGGAGGUUUAAUGGGGGUGUUGCCCAAAAUAGUAAACAUGGUGCAACCUAAACGUUAUUGUUUUUAAUCCUAAUGGUGAAAAUGGUCUGUUUUAUAUUUGUUUGAUUAUUGUUGUGUAUGAAUAUUUUGUAGUUUUUUAAUGUUUUGUUUCAAUUUUAAUUAGCUUAUUUUGAAGUCAUUUUAAACGUCAUAUAUGUUGUAAUGGAUUGAAAAGCCAAUGUGAUGUGCGGAAUGUAGUGGUCAGACAUAAUUUUUU